UGACUGCAUCCAAGAUUCCAACCCAAAUAAAAAAAUAAAAAACUUUCCAAGUAGGACCUUUUUUACUCCUUCCUUCGCACACACAAACCCAAUUCCCACUUAGAAACCCUAAUUUCGCAAAACCCUCACUGUACCGUCUCUCCAAUGGCACCCAAGCGCCCAUCUCCUCUGGAUGAGCCUCCGGCUGCUUCUUCUUCCGAAGAAGAGGUAGCCUCGUCUGAAGAAGAAGUAGAUGGAGAAGAAGAGGAAGAAUCCGGAUCCGGGUCCGAAUCUGAGUCCGAGGAACCCGAGCCUCCAAAGGCAGCACCCACUCCCGUUGCUGCGAAGAAACCGGACUCGGCUACUGUCAAUUCAAAGCCGCAGUCUUCAUCCUCUGGCUCAGAGUCCGAGUCCGAAUCCGAUUCGGAAUUGGAUAAGGAUAGGGUGGUAAAGCCGAUAGUUUCGAAGCCAAUGGAAGAGACGCCCAAGACCAAGAAGCCCAGAUCGAAGGCCUCGGCUAUUACUACGUCGGCGGCAAGAGCCGGGUUGAAGCGGCCAAGCGAGAGCGACCCCAAGGAUUCCAAGAGGCCCAAGAAGAAGGUCACAGACCCGGAUCAGGAGCGAGAACAUGCCGGAGAGGAAACGAAGAAGGCGGGUGGAGACGACUCGAAGAAGCUGUUCCAGAGGAUUUGGAGCGAUGAUGAUGAGAUAACAAUUUUGAAAGGCAUGAUUGAUUACUCUACCAAGAAAGGGGCGGAUCCAUAUUCUGAUAUGGGGGCGUUUCAUGAUUUUAUCAAGAAAUCGCUGAAGGCCGAUGUGAACAAGACCCAAUUGCAAGAUAAGAUUCGUAGGAUCAAGAAGAAGUAUGAGACUAAUGUGGCCAAAGGGAAGAAGUAUAAUCCUGUUAAGCCUCAUGAGCAAAAGUUGUUCGACUUGUCGAAGAAGGUAUGGGGCAGCGGCGAAGGGUCAAUUGGGCUCAGUGGGUUGUCUGAACAGUCCAAGUCUAAUGGGAAGGCUAGGACAAAUCAGAAGGGUAACAAGACUUUGGCUUCACUUAAAGCUGAGCUUCUGAGUUCACCGGAGCGCCCAAAGGAGUGUGAGAAGGUGGAAUUUGGUCUGAAGCCGUGUGGGUCUGAAAGUUUGAGUGAGGUGAUUGGGUUUGAUAAGGGUUUCAGAGAGCUGGGGUUGCCGGAGGGUGUCGUGAAGCAGGGCUUGGAGUUGAUUGGAGGAGCCAAGCGAGCUGAGUUGAAGGAGAAGUGGAAGAAGCUGCAUGUUGCUGAAUUGGAGCUUUUUGUUAAAAAGAGUGAGUUGAUGAGAGAUCAGGCUAAGGUGAUUCUGGAGGCGUUAAAGUCAUCUGAGCAUUAGAACCUUAUAACAAGGCACUGUGUUGAUGUCUAACAAGACAAUGUUUAAAAGUUUUAGUAAUUGUUAAUUAAGAACUCUGUAGCAUUUAGCUGCUUAGUUUGUCUGUAUUAAAUCUUCUUUGCCCUUUGUUGUCCUCUAUGAUGUUGAUUUAAAGUUAUUUAUGUGGCAUUGUUAUUGUCAGUUUUGUUUCUGCCCCUUGUGUUGUGUUAUUGGUGGUGAUGCCUUUGAUAAUUAUAAGCAGGGUUAUAUAA